CAUUCGAGCUUAUACAGUGCAAGUGUAUGAUGACUCUGCCGAUGUUUAUUUCUUUGCAUCCGUCGAUGCCAUUAGCUAUGGCUUCACGUACCCAGACGGCACAGGGUUGAUACAAUUGCGCUAUGAUGAUACAAUCUAUAUUGACAACAGCUUGUGUAUACGCCUGCUACAUCUAAACGGCACGUUGACGAAAUUUACUGUGCCGUUGGUCUGUGACGCCGAUUGCUUACAGCAAGCUUAUCCGCUUAAUGAUGGAUAUGUGUUUGUAACGCUGACAAGCAGUAACAAAAGUGCGAAUGGGACGUUGGUUGAUUGGAAUGGGCAAGUAUUACAACGUGACGUGAUGCUUACUGAUAUCCCUGUCGACGGCCAAUGGCCACCACUUGUAAAAGCUAAUGUCAACCCAGAUAAGGAUUUUCUUGUAGUAACCAGAAACAAGAAUGUAGUUUUAUGGAAAAUUUUCAACGCACCACGCAACCAGCCCGACCCCGAUGCGCCGGCUCGUCAGAUAUUGUUUCCAAUCACUUUCAAGUCAAAUGGUGAUCGGUCACAGAGAACAGUGCAGCAGAUUAUUGAUGACCUUGAUGAUUUAAUUAAGAAUAAAGGUUAUAAUUCGUUUUCACGGGAGUAUCCUACUAGUUACCUAGAUGAAACAUUUGGGUUUUCACCUGUUGCCAAUUUAUGGGAAACUUAUAAAUUUAAGCUAAUUGGAGUGCUUGCUGGUCUUUUGGUAUUGUUGGUUAUAUAUUAUUUUGCAAGACGGAAGUAUCCAGAGGGUCAAAGUUUUCUUGUCGUAAAGCUUGCUUUAAUACUUGCAGAUUUGAGUCUUGAUAUCGCAUUUGUGCUCUCAAGUGCAAAAAAUGUUCAAAGAAUACAUACAGCAAGUAUAAUUUGUUUAAUAGUUUCUCUCACUUUUAAUGCUGGCCUGGCAUUUUCGAUCUUAAUGAGAGAAAUAAGUAAAAAUGUUAAAUUUCAAGAAUGGUUCAGUCAGAAUAUUCUGUAUAGACAUCUAACAGUCUCAUAUGAUAUUAUUCCAUUCUUGUCAUUGGUAAUGAGCUCCAUCAUCUUGACUUCUAAUAUUAUUGGACAUGUUUAUGAUGGAUAUAUAAAAUGGAAAGAAAGAAACAAGGCCAAGGGGAUGGAUGCACUUGAUGUACAGGAGGAUGAGAAAGAUUGA